UGUGAAAAAUUUAUAAUGGGUGGUCAAAAAUUUGAAUAUGAUGAAAGCGGUUCCACAUUCUUUUACUUCGUUCUUUCUUUUUUGGCAUUAAUAUUAAUACCGGCGACGUUUUACUAUUGGCCGAAAAAAAGAAAAGAAGACCCGGUAAAGCAAGCAGAACGAUGUCAAUGUCCAGGUUGUAUACAGAAACAGAAAAUUAUAGAACAAUCACAGCCUUACAAAGGUGUGAAAAACUUCUUUAUAAAGCUAGCAAUCAUCUCAGGAUGGGUACUCCUUGGAUUCCUCGCAUACAAAGUGUCACAGUUCGACUAUGAGAUGUCGAACUUUGAUCCAUAUGACAUAUUGGGUUUGCCCCCUGGUGCUACACAAGCUGAAAUCAAGAAGUCAUAUCGUAAACAGUCUCUAAUACUUCACCCUGACAAAGAGACUGGAGAUGAAAAAGCCUUUAUGAAACUAACUAAAGCCUAUCAAGCUCUUACAGAUGAUGAAGCAAGACGUAAUUGGGAAAAAUAUGGCAACCCUGAUGGUCCUGGGGCAAUGAGUUUUGGUAUUGCAUUGCCAAGCUGGAUUGUAGAGAAAGAAAAUAGUGUGUGGGUCUUAGGCCUAUAUGGUCUUGUAUUUAUGGUUGCUUUGCCUACUGCUGUUGGGACAUGGUGGUACCGUUCUAUCCGUUUCUCUGGAGAACAAGUUCUGCUGUAUACAACACAAACCUACUUCUACUUUUGCCACAAGACACCAUCAAUGCCUUUGAAAAGGGCCCUCAUGAUCCUUGCAGCCUCCUGUGAAUUUGAUAAAAGACAUAACUCAGAAAUUGUAGAGAGAAUUACUGACAAUGAAGAAGUACCUGCACUGUUGCGUGAGCUUCCAAACCUCGGCGAAAAAAACAAGGAGCAGCCCCUUUGCCGGCCGUACAGCAUCAAGGCAAGAGCGCUGUUGCACGCACACUUGUCGCGCAUGCGCCUUCCUCCCGAGACUCUCGAGCUCGACCGCCGUUACAUCGUGUCCCGCUGCCCUGAACUCAUUCUAGAAAUGGUCAACUGUGUCAACCAACUUAUUGCUUUAGCCUAUGCUCGUAGAAUUCCCCGAUUACCAACAAUUGAGACAAUAGAAAAUUGUAUGAAGCUCUCUCCAAUGAUAGUACAAGGCCUAUGGGAGUACAAAUCUCCAUUGCUACAACUGCCUUACAUAACAGAAGACCACCUCAAAUACUUCACGAAUCGUAAGAAACACGUCAAAUCGCUAUUACAACUGGCGCAACUACCUGGGGACGAUAGGAGACAAGUACUAAGGUUCUUAAAUGACAAUCAAUACGAAGACCUCAUGAAGGUGUUGGGAACCAUGCCUUAUAUUCAUUUUCAAGUUAACACUGAAGUAAUUGACGAUGAGAACUCGACAGUGGUGACAGCAGGCGCCAUUGUCACGGUGACGGUUUUUCUUAGACGGACCAAUAUGAAGGAACUUUUCGGCGACACCACCAUUAAAGAGAAAGAAAGCAUCAAGGAUAACGAAGAAGAAGGCGGUACCGUCGAAACAACCGAAAAGGGCGAAAAAGAUGAAAAGGGCGAAAAGGCUGAGAACGAUAAAAAUGACAAGAAAGAAGCUUUUAAGCGACCAGUAUGGAUGAAGCAGCCAAGGCGACAGGCCGGCAAGAAGGGGAAGAAACACGCGCCGGCAAAGCAGGCAGCUAAGCCUGCGCCCGUAGCCAACUCGACGCCUCCGCCAACGGCUAAUGACGUUAAGAAAACCAAGGAACCAAAGAAAAAAGACUACGAAGGUGAAGACUCGGACGUAGGCAGUUCGGAUGAGUCGGUCUCGCACUCGUCAGGGUCCGAGGACGAAUCUCGCGACAAGUCGUCGGCUCCAGAAGAUGACGACGACCAAUGGGACAAGUUCCAGAAGCGGCUGCAGAAGCGAGAGCGCCUUGAAGGACGCUCGAAAUGCUCGCAUCCGGUUCACUGUCCCUUCUUCCCCAGGGACAAACAGGAGUACUGGUGGUGCUACAUUUGCGACCGCAAGUCGCACACGCUACUUACCGCACCGGCGCACGUGACGGCGUUGGUGGACACGCACGAGCUGCAGUUGCGAUUCACAGCGCCACGCUGGCCCGGCGUCUACACGCUGGCUUGCUGUCUGCGGUCCGGUUAGUACCACCGCUCUGCGUUCGAAUCUACCA